AUGGAAAAAUUAUUCAUCACUGCAAAACGGAAAAGUAGCUAUCGCAGUGAUUCGGAGCCGUCACCAGAAGAUAAAAGACUGAAAGAGUCAAAUUCUCCGGCUAAGAUAUCGUGUGACGAAGACGAGGUCAUGGAAGCACUCGGAUCCAAAAUAGAUUUAGUGUUAUCGAAGCUUUCUAACCUGGAAACAAAAAUGGAAGAACUGAACGCAGCAGUCAAAGGUCUACAAAGCAAGGUAACGUCUUUGGAGAGAGAAGUAGAUUCAGUGAAAACGAAGCAGAAAACCUUAGACGAAUACUUCACUUCAAUGGAACAAAGUUCUGUAUUCGUUGACGAGCAAGUACAAGACCUGAUAGCUAAGACUAAUAAAAACAAUGACGACGUCAGCGAUACACGUAGAAAACUGUUAUACUUGGAGGCCUACAAUCGACGCGAAAACUUGAAAUUUGAAGGCAUCCCCGAAACUUUCGCUUCGAGCGAAGAAGAUGGAGCUAUUCAGCGGGGCGACGUGUCUACUGAAAAUACAAAAGCGGUGCUGACUGAUUUCUUUGAAAGAGUCCUGGGAAUAGAAGAUGCAAAGAACAUCGAAUUUCAACGAGUACACCGAAUGGGCAAGCCAAGAAAGGAAAAUGGAAGAGAAAGGAUCAUUAUUGCGCGUUUCUUAAGAUUUUCAGACCGAGAACGGGUGCUCAAAUGCGGACGUAAACUCAAGGAAACAGGAUACAAGAUGUAUGAAGACCUCCCGAAAGAAAUCCACGAGAUGCGAAAGCUCCAAAUGGAGAAGUUAAAGAAUGCCAGGAAGGACGGUAAACGUGCUUAUUUUAGUAGAUCGGAGCCCGACAAACUUUACAUCAACGGUAAAUACGUCAAAAUGUAAAAUGUAAUAAGUUUAUUUGGGUUAACGUUGCUAUCAUGAUCAUUCUUUUUCUCUAGAAAAUGCUAAUUUAAGAAGUAGUAGAAAAUUCCUGCCAUUUUUGUCACUUUCUACUUUAUCCGUUAUGCAUAUUCUUGCUCACACCUCAUGGGCACUACCAGUUUGAUUUUUUUUUUUCACAUUCCGGUGAAAGGGUUUCGGGUGGAAUGAUGUACUAGGCGUUUGUUCGUGCUCGUAAACAGUUCUUCUGGAGCAAGAGGUAUGUGGGAUUGGUUAACUUAUUUUCGCCCUCAGUCUUCGUUUUCGUUCUCGUUUUCGUUUUAUGUUCAUGUAGUUUUAUCGCAGUCUGUUAGAUACCAAUUUAUUUCAUUCAAACCGCACUCGAUUUUUAUACCCGACUCAUUCUCAUAUUUUAAGAAUGUAAUAUCUAUCAACUUACUCUUAUGAAUAACGUUUGCUUUAAUGUUCUAUCCUUGAACGUUAGAGGAAUUCGUGAUCUCAACAAACGCAAAUCGAUCUUUACAUGGGCUAGGAACCAGAAAGGAUUAUUUUUUUUGCAAGAGACAUAUAAUACGCCAGAUGUUUUUGAUAGUUGGAAAUUUCAGUGGCUGGGAGAUAUGUAUUAUUCGCACGGAUCCAAUCAUAGCAAAGGCGUUCUGGUGUUAAUACGUGAUGAGACCCUUCAAUUUGAGUUGAAGUCGGUCAAGAAAGAUAGCCAGGGCAGAUUCGUCAUCGUUGAAGCGUUAGUUCAAGAUUCUCCCGUUUUGUUGAUCAAUAUUUAUGCUCCUAACAAUCCCAUGACGCUGUUGACUUCUAUGAAAACCUUAGGACUACUUUACUUGAGAGCGACUAUGACCAGGACUACAGGUUUAUUAUGGGAGGUGAUUUUAAUGUGCCAUUAAGUCUUCAACUUGAUAGCUAUGGAAGUAAAACAGAAAAAAAAGACGUGGUAACCAAAAUCCGCGAGCUAAUGUUAGACUUUAACCUAGUAGAUAUAUGGAGACUAAGGAACCCGGACAAAAAGCGUUACACGUGGAAACAAAAUAAGCCUUUAGUCCAACGUCGGUUAGACUACUGGCUAAUAAGCGAUGAUUUUCAAGAUGACGUGGACAGCACAGGUAUA